CUCACAGUGUCUGCAAUGGUGUCGAAUAAUAUGCAGUACAACAACCUGGGCCGGUCGGGCCUCAAAGUGAGCCAGCUCUCCUACGGUGCCUGGGUCAGCUUCGGCAACCAGCUCGACGUCAAGGAGGCCAAGUCCCUCCUCCAGACCUGCCGCGACCACGGCGUCAACUUCUUCGACAACGCCGAGGUCUACGCCUCCGGACGCGCCGAGGAGAUCAUGGGCCAGGCCAUCCGCGAGCUCGGCUGGAAGCGCUCCGACGUUGUCCUCUCCACCAAGAUCUUCUGGGGCGGCCCCGGACCCAACGACAAGGGCCUCUCCCGGAAGCACAUCGUGGAGGGCACCAAGGCGUCGCUCAAGCGGAUGGACACGGACUACGUGGAUCUCAUCUACUGCCACCGUCCCGACUCCACGACGCCGAUCGAGGAGACGGUGAGGGCGAUGAACUAUGUGAUCGAUAAGGGGUGGGCGUUUUAUUGGGGGACCAGUGAGUGGUCGGCGCAGCAGAUCACGGAGGCUUGGGGGAUCGCCCAGAGGUUGGAUUUGGUGGGUCCCAUUGUUGAGCAGCCUGAGUAUAAUUUGCUCUCCAGGCACAAGGUUGAGUCUGAGUUCCUCCCACUGUAUACCAACUAUGGCCUGGGACUUACCACUUGGAGUCCACUUGCUUCUGGUGUUCUCACUGGAAAAUAUAACAAGGGAAAUAUACCUCCUGAUAGCCGAUUUGCUUUGGACAAUUACAAAAAUCUUGCUAGUCGAUCGCUGGUUGAUGACGUGCUGAAAAAAGUUAAUGGUCUUAAGCCAAUUGCAGAUGAAUUAGGUGUACCAUUAGCUCAACUAGCAAUUGCGUGGUGCGCUGCUAAUCCGAAUGUCUCAUCAGUUAUUACUGGUGCUACAAAGGAGUCACAGGUCCAAGAGAACAUGAAAGCUAUUGAUGUAAUCCCUCUAUUAACUCCUGCUGUAAUGGAAAAGAUUGAGGCUGUUGUUCAAAGCAAGCCAAAGCGUCCAGAAUCCUUUAGGUAGACAGUAUAUUUACGAGCUCCAAAUAUUUCCGCACAUUGCACAGCAGAUUAGGUUGUUCCAACUUAAUGGAAUAGAAUCUCAUGCCUAUUGGUGCUGUUGGUUAGCUUGUUGGAUAUUUUUUCAUAUUCACGUUUGGAAGUUGUCAUUUGUUUUGAUGUUUCCUUCCCCCUGCCUUCCAUUGAAGGAGGGGGGAGUCAUGGAUGUUUUCAGAACUAUUUGAUGAAUUGUGGAUUUAAUGGCGAAAAUAAAGUAACCGGUUGUGGAUUUGGUUUUAAA